AUGUCCACCAUCCCUCGCAUGGUAGUUGCGCCCAUUGCGCGAGUCGCCCGCAACAUGCCGUUUGUCCCCAGUUCGCUCCCCACGAGCCCCAAGCACCUGCUCACGCCGGCGGUCCUCGCCGUGACCGCUGCGCUGCAGCGUCUCGACCUGUCGCGGGAUCCACGCAAGACGGUGGCCAAGGCCAAGGCGCACAAGCCGACGCUGGCCGACCUCGCGCAGUGGUCGCUCAUGGCCGCCGUGUGGGCGUACACGCUGUGGAUCAUGCCGAGCGUCCCGCUCAAGCUGCUCAUCGUGACCAGCUGGUCCAUCGCCGUCGCCAUCCCGCUCACGUCCCAGUUUGUGUGGCCGGCCACGCCCGUGCUCACCUGGGUCGUCAUGUUCUUUUGCGCGCGCUACGUGCCCACCAGCUCGCGCCCGGGCAUCCACGUCGCCCUCCUCCCGGCCCUCGAGUCGGUCAUGUACGGCGCCAACAUUUCCGACCUGCAGACACGCUUCACCCACCCCUUGCUGGACAUUCUCGCGUGGCUCCCUUACGGCGUGCUCCACUUUGCGCUCCCCGGCGUGGUCGCCAUCUUCCUCUGGGUGUUUGGUCCCCGCGGAAGCGCCCAGUUCUGGGGCAAGGCGUUUGGAUUCAUGAACCUCUUUGGCGUCAUCACCCAGAUCCUCCUGCCGUGCUCAGCUCCAUGGUACGAGCUGAUCCACGGCCUCACCCCGGCCAACUAUGGCAUGCCCGGCUCGCCCGGCGGCCUGCUGCGUAUCGACCGCUUCUUCCACUCGUCGGGCUACACCAACACGUUUGGCAACGCGCCGCUCGUGUUCGGCGCCUUCCCCUCGCUCCACUCGGGCUGUGCCGUCAUGGAGGCGCUGUUCCUCUCGCACUUCUUCCCCUUCCUCAAGCCGCUGUACUGGGGCUACGUCGGCAUCCUGUGGUGGGCCACCAUGUACCUCUCGCACCACUACCUGUUCGACCUGUCGGGCGGCGCGUGCCUGUCGGUGCUGGUCUUUUACCUGUUCAUGCCCCUCGAGUUCCGCGACAUUGACGGCCUCAAGUGGUCCCAGGGAGACGGGUACGAAAUGGUCACUACGGCCCCCGACGCCGCGCGCGACCGCGACGUCGACUUUGACGAGGAGAUCCGCAAGCUCGAGGACAGCGGCGAGGCAGACGAAGAGGCCGCCAUUGAGGGUAACGAGGCCGAGUCGUCUGCUGGCGCACGCAACAAGCGCACAGUGUCGUGGGGCGAGACAAAGGUGCUCGGCGAGGACGCCCAUUGA